AUGCAACAAAAUACGAAAAAUACAAUUAUUGAUAAUUCACAUAAUCAUGUGUCGGCCUCACCCAAUUCAAUAUUUGAAAUACAAAAUGAUUGUCGUAAAGAAGUUCGCACACCUAAACGUCAUCUUAAUUAUAACCCAGAUGUGAACAAUAGCUACAGUUUGAAAAAUAUUAGUGACGAAAAUGAUAAUGAUUUCGAACCAGUUACGCAUAAAAGAAAGAAGCGUCAGAGUGUUGACAAAGAAAAACACUAUGAAGAACAAAAUGACGUGACUAUGAUUCAUAACUACAUAAAUAGUCAACCACAACCGCAAUUGUUACAACAAAAAGAUAAACAGAAAGGAAGAACUAUAACAAAUUCUCGCAUGUUCACAAACAAAGCACCGGACAAAAUGAAUCAUAGAGAAAAUAACAUAGAGAACGAAAGAAAUAUCAAACAAACCCACCUGACCAACUACUCAAGCACGAACAAUUAUAAUAAUCAUCAACAUGAUGAUAAAUACAAAUUUACAAAUAGUGCACUUCAUUGCGCAGUUGAACAGCAUUUACCACCGAUAAAGAUCAAAUGUCAACCUAAAAUAAAAGAUCAUAAAGAUGGUACAUUACUUGUAAAAGAAUUUCUCCACUUUAUUGAGAAAAAACUCAUACACAUUAACAAGGAACAUACUCAACCUAUAGGAUUUGAUUACUGGUACAUCGACCGCAACAACGACCUACAAUGCUACACAAAAAGUAUAGCGCUUUUCGUAUUUCUAUGUGAUGCGAACAAUUAUCCAGAAAAAAUACUCAAUACAAUGAUACAACCAAAUCCACCCAAAUACUUACCAACUCAACGUUCUGUUAUCAUCAAAUAUGUACCAAGAAGCAUUGAAUUCGACGAGAUUAAGAAUGAAAUAUGUACCAGAUUUCGAUCAAUAUUCAACAUUGAAGAAAUGAAAGGAGCUACAAGUGUGAAAAGUAGACACAUUAGAAUGGAAUUGUCUGAUCAAGAUGAAUAUGAAAAAAUGAUAUAUGGUCAAUCUAUUCCAAUAAGUGGACAACUUUUUGAAGUAACCGAAUUUCUUGCACCACCCAGACUAAUUAUCUGUUCAAAAUGUAAUAUACCCGGACAUCUCAAGAAAGAAUGCAAUAGCAAUAUCGAAAAAUGUAAAAAAUGCGGCUCAAACAGAAACGAAGGUGAUCACAAAGAAUGUGCUAUUGUUUGUCAUCACUGCAAUGGUAACCAUGAAGCAACAUCAUACGAAUGCCCAUUUAUUAAUGAUUACAGGAAAGAACUAAUGAUCAAAUUGAAAAAUCGACCCGACCUCUUACCAAAGAAUUGUCAAUUUUUUAUACCUACUCAAUUCAGAUCAGCAGAAAGAAAAAACAAUCACAUCUUGAUUAACCCCAAAACUCAAACUCAACACAACAACGACAAAAACAUACAACAACAAUCCUACUUCAAUCAAUAUUCCAACAAAGAAUGGCCAAUUUUAUCCAACAUAUCUUCAUUAACGAAUACAACCAACAAAUGGUAUAAUAGACAACAAACAACGCACAACAUCUGGAACGAUAUGAAUGAAGCUCAAAAAGAAAUUAUGAAAACUCACGAAAAAUUCAAGUAA